AAAAUCCAAAGCCAAACGAACAAAUCACGUCUUUCAUGCCAAAGCAAAGGCAAGGGAAAGCUAGUUUGUCAUUUUGAUGUUGGUCGUUGAAGGUUCCCAGCGAUUCGUUGACUUGCUCCCGUUGUCCCCCUUUUUCAGCCUCUGCACUAGUCGUUGCGUCGGCUCCCAUCUCGAUUCAGGUGAGCCAACCCCACUUGAUAUAAUGCCAGAAUGGACGUGGACGGUAUAUUCCAAGAGACAUUUGGACCCGAAAAUGCGCUCGCCGACGUAGCUAGCCCGGGUAAUAGUGUUAGAAGCUCGAUUACUACUAGUAUGAGAUCGGAACUGCUCCCGGAUGGGCUGCAGGAUAGCUUCGCUGAGUAUGAGCGAUUUUCAGCAUUGUCCACCUCCUAUUUGUCGGAGAUCAGCGAAGUGCCUCUGACCGUGGAUUUGGGCGAUCCGUCUGCAACUGUGUUCAAUGUAUGUGUGGUGGACGCGGCAAAUGCCAGCAGCAUCACCAGUUCUCGCUUGUCCCGCUCUCCGCGGAAACCCUCAUCCUCCUACGCGGCAGCGCCGAAACAUGGCUUCAUGCUUGAGGACCUGGUGAGCGAGGCAUCUUUCGAGGUCGACCCGGAGAUCUACACCGACGGCGCCGACCUAUUGAAUGUUGAACUGUCGCCUAUGAGCGAGCAAAGCUCAGCCUCACUUAUCCCACUCUAUGCGGAUGAACUCCCGUCUCCCCUUGCGCUUGCAGCGUCGUCGAGUGCGGAGUCCUGUACGUAUAACAGCGCAGCCAGUGCAUUGCUGCAGAGCUUGCAUUUAGUGAACAGCAAACCCGUGACUAGUGUUAGUCUGACGGACUCAGUACAGUCAGCCAUACCAAGUCCAGACAGUACAGUUGGGUCUAGUGCAGCUGCUUCGGUCGCCACGAGCCGUUCAGGAACCUUUCAGCGCGGCAAAACACUGUCAGAUUUCAACAACACGGCAGAGUAUGUGGCGUACCAGGAUCGGCGACGCAAGAACAACACCGCAUCACGCCGCAGCCGCCACAAGAACAAGCAACGAGUCAAGGAGACCGAAGACGAGGUGCAAGAACUGCGGCAGGAGAAUGCAGACCUGCGCAAACAGCUGCGCAUCAUCACCGAGGCAUUUGAAAACCUCCGCGAGCGAUUCAAAGAGCAGCCACCGGUGAUGCAGGACGGAUCGUCGGACGUAUGACGCAGAGCGCUCGCUAGGAACGGCAAUUAUUUCCAACAUGUCAGCCCUUGUACAUGCACCUUUGUCUUUGAUGACAGUCACUGUUGCCAUUGAAUGGUGCACAUAGUCCUGGUCAUGCAUUAGUGUGCCCGUCUCUUUCUAGCACGGUUUUAGCAGUACGAGCCAACUAGUUCCCUGUUAAUUGUGACUGCAUACUGUAGCACGUUUUUAGAUCCGAAUUUCAUCUUUUCAUUUCCAAUUUUUUCUAGACUUUUUUCAUCCUAUCAAUAUCCUGUGUGGAUUAUGGUGUCCUACAUAUAGGUUUUAGUGGAGUUCCUUUUCUGGCAGUACCGUGAUGUAUGCUGCUGAUUGAAUAAUACCAGUGGCUCGUGUACAUCCUGUUGUGCUGGCUUUUGUUGACCGGCGUGACCGUAGCUUCUGGUGAUGUUGCUAUUCACGCACGUUUGUUCCGGUCUGCUACACAUGUACUCCUAGGACGGGUGUUUUUUUUUCUCCCCGAGAAAUUCUUUUCCUUUCUCAGUGUGUUGCCUUGAUUUCUACGUGCAGUGCGCUGUUGGGUCAAGCUUGUUCUUACUCAUUCUUGACGCCAUCCUUUGAUGUCUGCUCGGAGUUGCGUUUUUACCUCA